AUGUUCGAUGGCUCGAGCUUUGCACAGAAUCAAGACGUGAUCGUCGUGACGCCAAACUACCGGACGAGUGUCUUCGGAUUCCCAGGCGAUGUCGAGGGCAUACCUCAGCAAAUGCGCAACGUCGGUCUUAUGGACCAGAAACUAGCGCUUCAAUGGGUUCAGCGUAACAUCAAAGCCUUCGGUGGUGACCCAAAUAAGGUGACUUUAUUCGGAGAGUCAGCUGGUGGCUCAUCAGUCGACCUCUUACUACUCACAAGCGGUGCCCAGCCCCCGUUCCGUGCGGUGAUCACCGAGUCUGGAACCGCAUAUCUCGUAACUGGACCCCAAGCAGGCGGAGAUAUCGUCGGACUCAUGACCGGCCUCUUGGGCAGACCAAACAUGACGACCCCAUUUCAAACUCUUGCAGCUUCGCUCAAUUGCGGCAGCCAGAAGCCGCUUGAUUGCGUUAGAGCCGCUCCGGUCGACGCCCUUGUGUCCGUACUCUCUAAAGGUCCUUUCAACUUCCCACCUGUAGCCGACGGAGAUGCAAACGUACCGACCUCACCUGAUGCUACACGGGCUUCCGGCAAGGUUUCCAAGAUACCUAUGAUGAUAGGAACGAACCUCAGAGAAGCCGAAAUCUUCACGAUGGGUCAGCCACCGACCGCUUUGGAUGCCUUUGUCGCAGCAACAUUUCCUGGCGACGAUGCGUUGCAAAAAGCUGUGACUGCCGGAUAUCCAGUCGGAGCCGGGAUGCCUUUCUCAACUCCAAAGGAUGCAAUUACACAAUUCGCUACGGACUUGGAUUGGAGCUGCAGCAUUGCGCAUGAAGCUCGUCUUUCGGCCCAAGCCGGGGUGCCAACUUGGAGAUAUCUCUUCAACUCCACCUCGUUCCCGCCAACACCCGGAGGUAUCUUGUCUCGCCCGGUACACGGCUCUGAGAUCAGCUUCGUCUUUGGCAAUCUCCCGCCGCCGCCGGCAACACCUGACCAAGCUCUUGCCUUGAGCAAGUUCAUGCAGACGGCAUGGGCCAACUUUGCCAAGAACCCCGCCAAUGGACCUGGAGUGCCUGCGUGGACGCAAUUUUCUGGCAAGCCUGGGGCGAUGGACCUGGGAAACUUGGGUGGUGUUGUCGGGGACGGAGUAUCUAUGACAGAUUCAAAUGUGAUCGAUAGUCGUUGCAAUCUCUUUGAUGCGUCAUACGCUAGGAAAGUGUAG